UAAAUGUCAAUUGCAGUAUGUUCAACUAUCCACUCGAAAGAGAUUCUUUUUAUCUAUUUUUUUUCUCCUCUGCGCAUAUAUUUUGCUGCAUAUUUUUGAUCAAAGGCAGCAAAUCGCGGUUUGGAGCCAGGGGUGAAAAUUAAUUGCGAAACGUCUACAUUACUUGCAUAAUGAAGAUUUGGACGUCGGAGCACACAUUUAACCACCCAUGGGAAACAGUUACACAAGCUGCAUGGCGUAAAUAUCCGAAUCCAAUGACACCAUCUAUAAUUGGUACAGAUGUUGUAGAGCGUAAAGUAGUGAAUGGAGUUUUGCACACACAUCGUUUGGUUCAGUCGAAGUGGUAUUUUCCAAAAUGGACACAUUCAUUGAUUGGAACAGCCAAAACUUGUUUUGCAAGUGAACGUUCAACGGUUGAUCCGCAUAGAAAACAAAUGAUACUCAAAACUAUAAAUUUGACUUUCUGUCGACAUAUAUCGAUUGAUGAGGUUCUCUAUUACGAGCCUCACCCCACAGAUUCCAGUAAAACUCUGCUUAAGCAGGAAGCAUCUGUCAGUGUACAAGGUGUACCUUUAUGUCACUAUAUGGAGGAUAUGCUUACAUCAACUAUUAGUAUGAAUGCUGGUAAAGGACGCCAGGGACUUGAAUGGGUUAUUGGACGCAUAAAUACUGAAGUUAAAGGAAUCGCCGAGACCGCAGAUGAUUUCUUAAUGAAAACUAAGCACUCUUUAGAUGAUAUGACAGAAAGUGCGCGUAAAAGUAUGGAUGAAAUAAGCGCCCAAGCUGCAAAAGCAGCGAAACAUAUUCAUAUUUAAAAAAUUGUUACAUACUUAUAUGUUAUUAUAUAACUAUACUAGCAGUAAUAUGUGAAGUAGCGUGGUUAUUAAUAUAGUAAAUCUAAAAUAAUAACGAAGCAACUAAAAAAUUUUUCUUAAGAUAGUCAAGUAUCAUGGAACGGAUAGAUUUUAUAACGAAGUGAUCGACUAGUCUUUUGAAUUCCAAAUCUUCGAUAUAAUAAGAAACAAAAUGUUUUAAUUUUGCUGAAAUCUAGAGCAGCAACCAAGGCAAAUUGAAUAAUUAUCACAACUUGGUGACAAUUAUUGUAGUCAGAAUGCUAAUUUAGCUCAGCUCAAGAAACUAUUUGACACAAUAAAUUUCGGAAUAUUUUGUGAUAACGUU